UUCCUCCGGAAUAUUCUGAGCGGGCGCGUGAACUGCUCCCUGCGUAGUGGCUAUGGCUCUCCACGUCCCCAAGGCCCCGGGCUUUGCCCAGAUGCUCAAGGAGGGAGCGAAGCAUUUUUCAGGGUUAGAAGAGGCUGUGUACAGGAACAUACAGGCUUGCAAGGAGCUUGCCCAGACAACUCGUACAGCAUAUGGACCAAAUGGAAUGAACAAAAUGAUUAUCAACCACCUGGAGAAGUUGUUUGUGACAAAUGAUGCAGCGACUGUUUUAAGAGAGCUAGAAGUACAGCAUCCUGCUGCGAAAAUGAUUGUAAUGGCCUCUCACAUGCAAGAGCAAGAGGUUGGAGAUGGCACAAACUUUGUACUGGUUUUUGCUGGAGCUCUUCUAGAAUUAGCUGAAGAGCUUCUGAGACUUGGCCUGUCAGUUUCAGAGGUCAUAGAAGGUUAUGAAAUAGCUUGCAAAAAAGCCCAUGAGAUUCUUCCUGACUUGGUAUGUUGUUCUGCAAAAAAUCUUCGGGAUGUUGACGAAGUGUCAGCUCUACUUCAUACCUCCAUAAUGAGUAAACAAUAUGGUAAUGAAGCAUUUCUGGCCAAACUUAUUGCUCAGGCAUGUGUAUCUAUUUUUCCUGACUCUGGCCACUUCAAUGUUGAUAACAUCAGAGUUUGUAAGAUUCUGGGCUCUGGUAUCCAUUCCUCUUCAGUAUUGCAUGGCAUGGUGUUUAAGAAGGAAACUGAAGGUGAUAUAACAUCUGUCAAAGAUGCAAAAAUAGCAGUGUACUCUUGUCCUUUUGAUGGAAUGAUAACAGAAACUAAGGGAACGGUAUUGAUAAAGACUGCUGAAGAAUUGAUGAAUUUUAGUAAGGGAGAAGAAAAUCUCAUGGAUACGCAAGUCAGAGCUAUUGCUGGUACUGGUGCAAAUGUCGUAGUAACAGGUGGCAAAGUGGCAGACAUGGCUCUUCAUUAUGCAAACAAAUACAAUAUCAUGUUGGUGAGGCUGAACUCAAAAUGGGAUCUCAGAAGAUUAUGUAAAACGGUUGGUGCUACAGCUCUUCCUAGAUUGACGCCUCCUGUCCUCGAAGAAAUGGGACAUUGUGACAGUGUUUACCUCUCAGAGGUUGGAGAUACGCAGGUGGUUGUUUUUAAGCAUGAAAAGGAAGAUGGUGCCAUUUCUACCAUCGUGCUUCGAGGCUCUACAGACAAUCUGAUGGAUGAUAUAGAGAGGGCAGUAGAUGAUGGUGUUAAUACUUUCAAAGUUCUCACAAGGGAUAAACGUCUUGUGCCCGGAGGUGGAGCAACAGAAAUUGAGUUAGCCAAACAGAUCACAUCGUAUGGAGAGACAUGUCCUGGACUUGAACAGUAUGCCAUUAAGAAGUUUGCUGAGGCAUUUGAAGCUAUUCCCCGGGCACUGGCGGAAAACUCUGGAGUUAAGGCCAAUGAAGUAAUCUCUAAACUUUACGCAGUACAUCAAGAAGGAAAUAAAAAUGUUGGAUUAGAUAUCGAGGCUGAAGUUCCUGCUGUAAAGGACAUGUUGGAAGCUGGUGUUCUAGAUACUUACCUGGGAAAAUACUGGGCUAUCAAACUGGCUACUAAUGCUGCUGUCACUGUACUUAGAGUGGAUCAGAUCAUCAUGGCAAAACCAGCCGGUGGGCCCAAGCCUCCAAGUGGGAAGAAAGACUGGGAUGAUGACCAAAAUGACUGAAUGGCUAGAUUUUUACUGUAGGUGAAGGCUAUGUUUGUAGUAGUACUCUAGGCAUUGCCUGAUGUUUUCAUAUUCUCCUAAAUUAAGAAGUGUUUUGUGUAUCUUGUAUUCUCGGCUGGAUGAUACAAUAAACAUG